UCGAACUCUAAUACAGUUUCCCCUUUAGCGUGUUUCGUCUCUCUGCUUUCCUACAUCACCUCCCCGCCAUUUCUUUUCCCCGACAAAACUAAACUCUCACAUUCUUCCCACUUUUUGGUUCUUCAAAAAAUCACAGACAAAUUUCCCAAAAUCGCCAUAGAAUCAUUGUCUCAUAUUGAUGAAAAAUGUGCAGACUAAAACAAGGGAACCACAAAAAUGUAAUUUUAUUUUUGGCGGUUUUGCUUACCAUGGCGAAUUCUGCAGUUGGACAGCAGGCAAAUACCAAUAACACCAUGGGAAUUCAGCUACUGAAGAGUGUUCUCGCUACGCGUGUCAAGGAUAUGGGCGCCAUUAUGACCCAAAAACUUAAAGGCCAAUUGGAUUUUUGCAUUGAAGAUGUAGAUGAAGAGUUUGAUGCUGCUUUCAAUUUCUCCGAAAACUCAGAUUUUUUGGCAGCAUGUCUUAGAACGACAAAAGGGGAUGUUCAGCAGCGGUUGUGUACGGCAGCAGAAAUAAAGUUCUACUCGACUAGUUUACUGGAAGUGGCGGAUGAAAGUGGCGCAGCAAGAAGUUCCAAUUACCUGAAACCUAACAAGAACUGUAAUCUGUCAUCAUGGAUUUCUGGAUGUGAGCCAGGAUGGGCUUGUAGUGUUGGAAAAGAUGUUAAGGUUGACUUCGAAAACGAUAAGGAGAUGCCAGCUAGAACUCUAGAAUGUCAGUCUUGUUGUGAAGGCUUCUUUUGUCCUCAUGGUCUCACCUGCAUGAUCCCCUGUCCGAUGGGUGCUUAUUGCCCUCUUGCAAAACUCAACACGACCACUGGUAUAUGUGAUCCCUACCAAUAUCAACUUCCUCCUGGAGAGACCAAUCAUACUUGUGGUGGAGCAGAUGUGUGGGCUGAUUUUAUAAGUGCUACUGAACUUUUUUGUUCGGCAGGAUUUUACUGUCCAACUACCACCCAGAAGAAUCCUUGCAAUAAAGGACAUUACUGCAGAGCUGGUUCAACAGUACAGACAAGCUGCUAUACAUUUGCAACUUGUGAACGUCAGGCAGCAAACCAAAAUAUCACUGCUUAUGGUAUAAUGUUUUUUGGUGGAAUCAUGCUUAUACUUCUCAUUAUAUACAACUGUUCUGACCAAGUUCUAAGCAGCAGAGAAAGAAAACAAGCCAAGUCCAGAGAAGCCGGUGCAAGAAGUGCAAGGGAAAGUGCUCAGGCACAAAACAAAUGGAAAUCUAACCUUGCUAGCAUGGGUUCUCAAUUGUCAAAGACAUUCUCCCGUAGAAAGUCGACAAGGCAGGACCUGCAGAAGGAUAGUGAUCAAAGUAAACCUGGUAAAGAUUCUGGCUUGCCCUUGCCCCCAGGUAUGUCUCAAGCAAAAGCAAAGAAGCAAAACAACCUCAAGAAGAUGAUCAAUGAAUCUGCAGAGAACCCUGAUAGUGAAGGUUCCAACAUUGAGACUGGGGAUAAAAAUUUUAAAAAGAACAAGGGUAAACAAUUGCAUUCAAGGACUCAAAUUUUUAGAUAUGCAUAUGGGCAAAUUGAGAAAGAAAAAGCUCUGCAGGAGCAGAACAAAGAUAUGACCUUUUCUGGAGUAAUCAACAUGGCAAGUGAGUUUGAGAUAAGGCCCAGACCUCCUAUUGAAGUCUACUUCCAAGAUUUGACACUAACUUUGAAGGGAAAAAACAAGCAUCUAUUGAGGUGUGUAACAGGGAGAUUAUCGCCUGGUCGCGUUUCUGCUGUUAUGGGUCCAUCUGGGGCUGGAAAGACAACAUUUCUUUCUGCAUUGACUGGAAAAGCUGCAGGGUGUACUACAACUGGUUCUGUUCUCAUAAAUGGGAAGUCCGACUCUAUUCAGUCAUACAAAAAAAUUAUUGGCUACGUUCCUCAAGAUGAUAUAGUGCAUGGAAAUUUGACAGUGGAGGAGAAUCUUUGGUUUAGUGCUCGGUGCAGAUUGGCUGCUGAUUUGCCAAAACCAGAAAAAGUUUUAGUUGUUGAAAGAGUCAUAGAGUCCCUGGGAUUGCAACAGGUGAGAGAUUCUCUUGUGGGGACAGUGGAGAAGCGAGGCAUCUCUGGGGGCCAGAGGAAGCGAGUAAAUGUUGGGCUCGAGAUGGUUAUAGAACCUUCUUUGUUAAUUUUGGAUGAACCAACUUCUGGUCUGGAUAGCUCUUCUUCUCAGUUAUUGCUUAGAGCACUUCGUCGUGAAGCUCUUGAAGGAGUGAAUAUAUGCAUGGUGGUUCACCAACCAAGCUAUACUUUGUUCAGGAUGUUUGACGAUUUGAUACUUCUAGCGAAAGGUGGCCUUACAGCAUACCAUGGACCAGUAUCCAAAGUUGAAGAGUACUUUGCAGGACUUGGGAUCAAUGUCCCGGAUCGUGUUAAUCCUCCAGAUCACUUCAUUGAUAUUUUAGAGGGAAUUUAUAAACUCCCGGCAAGUAUAGGAGUAACCUAUAAAGAUCUUCCUCUUAGAUGGAUGCUUCAUAAUGGUUACCCAGUACCACCAGACAUGUUAGCUUCUUCGGGAUCAGCAGCUUCUUUGGCUGGGGAUAAUUCAGCACAUGGAGGAAGUUCUGCAGCGGCUGGUCCUGAUCUAUCUUUUGCAGGAGAGCUGUGGUCGGAUGUCAAAUCCAAUGUUGAACAGAAGAAGGACCAUAUACAGCACAAACUUUUGGCCUCAGCGGACUUGUCAAAUCGGAAAACACCUGGUGUCCUCCUCCAAUAUAGGUAUUUCCUUGGAAGACUCGGCAAGCAGCGACUACGAGAAGCGAAGAUACAGGCGGUUGAUUUUCUUAUACUAUUACUUGCUGGGAUCUGUUUAGGAACACUUGCUAAAGUGAGUGAUGAAAGCUUCGGAGCACAGGGUUACCUUUAUACAGUCAUUGCAGUUUCUCUCCUUGGCAAGAUUGCAGCAUUGAGGUCAUUUGCUCUAGAAAAAGUAUACUACUGGAGAGAGAGUGCAUCCGGCAUGAGCAGCUUGGCUUACUUUAUGGCCAAGGAUACACUUGACCAUUUCAAUACAAUUGUAAAGCCUGCAGUUUAUCUAUCAAUGUUCUAUUUCUUCAAUAAUCCAAGAUCCACUAUUUGGGAUAAUUAUCUUGUCUUGCUUUGUCUCGUAUACUGCGUUACGGGAAUAGCUUAUGCUUUGGCUAUCUACUUUGAACCUGGUCCAGCCCAACUGUGGUCAGUGUUGUUACCAGUCGUUUUGACACUCAUUGCAAACCAAGACGGCGACCCACUUAUGGCAGAAAUAGGAAAUUUUUGCUUUCCUAAGUGGGCUUUAGAAGCAUUUUUGCUUGCAACAGCUAGAAGGUACUCUGGUGUAUGGCUGAUCUCAAGAUGUGGUUUACUAAAGGCAAGGAACUAUGAUCUUGGUCACUGGUAUCCUUGCUUGCUAUACCUCAUCCUCGUCGGCUUUCUCAGCCGUUGUGUAGCAUUCUUUUGUUUGGUGACUUUCCAGAAAAAAUAAGUCUUCUUGCUCUCUUGGUUCAUUGCUUGGCAAUCUAGCAUAAACAUGGAAAAAUGCAUGUUUGCGGACUCACUAACAAAAUGCCACAAUGUAAAGGAACCUUGUAUAUGGCUAUCCUCUUGCCACAAUGUAAAAUGGUCUGUGGCAACUGAAGUCAACAAUUUUGGCAGAAAUGUAAAUGUACAUAUGAGCGAAUUUUAGUUUCUCUGGAAGUGUUACCUUGCUUCCUGAAUCUUGUAAUUAGCUAUGACCCUUCAACAGAAAUGGCAGGUGCCGUCUUUUGAAAAAUAUACUGCUGGUAAUGGCAGCUAUUUCUGGAGCCAACAGAAAAUCAAUUCCAAUCUUUCGCCUC